AUGAUCAGUCUCUCCAAUUUACCAAAGGUCAUUUCGGCUGAUAGAGCCUUGACAUUGCUUCCUGAGAUCUCUCAUAUUCUCUUAUCCGGCGGUGUUAUCGCAGUACCUACCGACACUAUAUAUGGCCUCGCUUGUUGUAGUCUUUCAUCAACUGGUAUAAAGCGUAUUUAUGAAAUCAAAGGUCGUGAUACGUCUAAACCUUUAGCAAUUUGUCUUGAUAAGGUUUGUCAGUUUUCUGCUUCUAGUCUUCCACAAUGGAGCAACACCCAGGGUAUUGAUCAGAAACUUUUUUCAGCACUUCUUCCUGGUCCCGUUACAGUUUUACUACCAAGAUUAAAUGACGAUCCUCUCAAUUCCCUCUUAAAUCCUAAUGUUAAAGAGAUUGGCAUUCGUGUCCCUGAUUGUCCACUUGUUUGCCGAAUAUCUGAAGCUCUGGCAAUAGCUUCUAGCCUAAACUUCUCCUCACGUGGUGGUGAUAUACACGAGGGAGAGCGAACUGAUUUAUUCACAGCCAUCCCACUUGUUUUAACCUCGGCAAAUCUUAGCGGUUAUCCAUCUACACUUUCUCCAGAGGAAUUUUCAGAUCUUUGGCCGAAGUUGGACCUCGUGAUAGAUGGUGGUAGAAUCCGCAAUGUGGAUGACCCAUCUAUCUCUCGAACGGGCUCCACAGUCAUUGACCUCUCUCCGACCGUAAGAUCCAACUUUCAGAAACUUCACUACCGAAUUCUUCGAGACGGAAGGUAG